AUGUCUUCGAAAUUCUUUUUAAAAAAUAUUCAAUUGAUAACAUUCGAUGUUCACAAUGUUCUCUUAACAGUGCGAAAUGGUGCUCCUUAUCACUAUGCUCGUUUGGCUCGGCAACAUUUAAAUAUUCCAGCUAUUGACGAAAAUUUACUUCGAUCGAAUUUCUUUCCUGCUUUUCGAACAUUAAAUAUAAAUCAUCCAGGUUAUGGUGUUCAUACAAAUAUAUCGUCUCGUCAAUGGUGGACAUUAUUAAUUGAAUAUACAUUUAAAGAUUAUAAAUUAUCAUCAACACAAGUUGAAAAAUUAAGUCAAAUAAUUUAUGAUGAAUUUGCCAAAGGUGAAUUGUGGAUUAAACAUCCACAAGCAGAUGAUGUUUUAAAAGAAUUAAGCAAAAAGAAAUUACUUGGUGUUAUUUCAAAUUUUGAUGAACGUCUUGAAUCACUUCUUGAACAGCAUGAUGUACGAAAAUAUUUUCAAUUUAUUUUAACACCUCGAAAUUGUGGAUUAUAUAAACCACAAGUAGAAAUAUUUUCUCAUGCUGCAAAAUUAGGAAAUAUUAAAUCAAAUACUAAUCUAUGUCAUGUAGGCGAUGAUAUUAAACUUGAUUAUCGAGCAGCACAAAUAGCCAAUUGUCAAGUUUUACUACUUUGUAAAGAUGAAAAAUUAAAACAAAAUUUAUUAAAUGAACAUCAAGAUAUUGAUAGAAAUCAUGUGAUUUUGAAUUUUAACGAAGUACUGAAUAUAAUUAUUUAG